UAGUUGGAGAGUGUUUGGAAACUUGUGAUGGCCGUGAAAAAAAUUUCACUUUAUUUCUGACACCUGUUGCUGAGAGCACAGCUCACAGCGCAGCGAGUGCCACUCUUUUCUGUCGGGACUUCUGGAUACUGUCAGUCGCAAACCUCUGUACAUUCCCACAAAUCAACUUUUUUCCUUUGUUCUUUUGCUCUUUCUUUACUCAAACAACGACUUUCGUGUGACAUCGAGGAGUGAAAGUCAGACUGUGAAGCGUGCUGCUGUGGGAUCUUCCCGAACGGGAUAUCUCCUUCCAUUGAAAACAGCGAUCUGUCUGCACUUUCCCAACCGGACAGAGAGUAACAAUUUUCGGUCGUUAGCGCUUCUGAUGGUGGGUGGAGAAAGUUUUCUUGGACAACCGAUCAACGACGUUAAUCCAGCACAACACACCAGACGCAGACAGAGCAAGCAUAAACUCUUUGUGAGCCUAGACCUACUUCACCUUCACACACCUCCACACAGUCACACUGGGAUCUGGCCUGAACAAAAAACACUCUUCAGCAGCUGCCACUAAACGACUCAGGAGCGGCUGGAGGUUGGGUGCUGACUACAGCAGACUGUCGGACAGAGGUGCUUUUUCUUCCGCUUCUCUGCCUCUUCCCUGACUAUGCCAGCUUUAAAACCACAGAGCACUUUCCCGGCGUUGAAGCGGCGGACCAUGGACAACAGGCCUGUCCGGACAAAACGAACCGGUGCCGUCCGACAUCUGCUGUUGGCUGCCGCCUUCCUUGUCUGCAGCUCGCAACUGCUGAUGGUGGACGCGAACUCGUGGUGGUCACUCGGUCUGACCCCGAUGCAGCGGCCAGAGAUGUACAUUAUUGGAGCUCAGCCUCUCUGCAGUCAGCUGUCUGGUCUCUCCCAGGGUCAGAGGAAGCUGUGCCAGCUGUACCAAGACCACAUGACCUAUAUUGGAGAUGGAGCCAAGACAGGCAUCAAGGAAUGUCAGUACCAGUUCAGACAGAGGAGAUGGAACUGCAGCACAGUGGACAACACUUCAGUGUUUGGGCGGGUCAUGCAGAUUGGCUCCAGGGAAACAGCCUUCACCUACGCCAUCAGCGCAGCCGGUGUGGUCAAUGCCGUCAGCCGUGCGUGCCGCGAGGGCGAGCUCUCCACCUGCGGCUGCAGCCGCGCCGCUCGCCCCAGAGACCUGCCGCGUGACUGGCUGUGGGGUGGCUGCGGUGAUAAUGUGCAUUACGGCUACAGGUUUGCUCGGGAGUUUGUCGACGCCAGGGAGAGGGAGAAGAAUUACCCCCGAGGGUCACCCGAGCAUGCCCGGAUGCUGAUGAACUUGCAUAAUAAUGAAGCAGGGAGACAGGCGGUUUACAACCUGGCUAAUGUGGCCUGUAAGUGUCAUGGAGUUUCGGGUUCCUGCAGUUUGAAGACCUGUUGGCUCCAGCUGGCCGACUUCAGACAUGUUGGAGAGUUCCUGAAAGAGAAAUACGACAGCGCAGCAGCCAUGCGGGUUGGACGCAAGGGAAAGCUGGAGCUUCUAGACAAGCGCUUCAACCCACCCACCACUCAGGACAUGGUCUACAUCGACCCCAGCCCGGAUUAUUGCCUCCGCAAUGAGACCACAGGAUCGCUGGGCACCCAGGGCCGACUGUGCAACAAAACCUCGGAGGGCAUGGACGGCUGCGAGCUGAUGUGCUGCGGCAGAGGUUACGACCAGUUUAAGACCUACAAGCACGAGCGCUGCCACUGCAAGUUCCACUGGUGCUGCUACGUCAAGUGCAAACGCUGCACGACGCUCGUGGAUCAGUUUGUGUGUAAAUAGCGCACUUCAGGAUUUGGAGGAGGCGGCGGUGACGACUAAGGGCGCCGGAGGUGACGGGACGGUGAUGUUUCGAGAGUUUUGUUCAGGAUUAGACGCACAAAAAUCAGAUUUCUGACAAAUGUCCUCAUCUCCCACCAUUUCACAUCAAGCCAAGCAAAAAGCAAUAAAUAAAUAAAUAAAAACUGCAUAGCACCUGUGCAGCAUAUUUUUUGGAAGUAGAUAACACAUCAAUGGAUGGAAAGGUAGGGCAAAAGAAACCUCGGAUUUUUAUUUCCCCCCACCCUCUGUCAUCGCUUUCUGCUGUCGUCCUGAUCACAAUCAUAAAGGAAACAAGCAAAGCUGAUGGACAAUGAAUGAUACUGAGGAUGAUCUGUGAGAGGAGAUGUGACUGGUGUGAGAUAAAAAAAUAAAUAUAUAAUUAAAUAAUAAAUAAAUACACAACUCUUGAUUGCUAUUUAAAGAGACUCAAAUAAACCCAGGACACAGUUUGGACCCCACCCUUCAGAGAAAUCUAUUGAUGCUUUGGGAAAAGUGAUCACUUGUGUCACCAUUGUUUGUUGUCUGACCUUUUAACCCUGCGAGAGAGAUUCUGAGAUUUAAGAGAUGUGUUAUCAUGCACGGCAGAAAUGCAGAAAAGUUCCGAUUGGUGGUGUAAAUAAGGUAGGAAAUUAAUCAAAAAGAUGAAUAAAUGAAAAGUAGGAAUACACAAAUGCGCGCACAAGCUGCAUCUGUUUCUGUUUCACAACACAGUGAGGUUCAGGGAAAAAAACUCUUCAAAAGACUAAAUGCACCACCUGUUUUGUACAAGUAGCAGCAGAGGGUGUAGUUGCUGCUGUUCCUUGUAUCAUCAAAGCAGUAAUCCUGCACCCGUGACCUGACAAGUGUGACUAUGCAGGUUAAUGAGGCUUGGUGGUUGAAGCCAUCGUGACACCACGGCUGUUUAAACAAGCAGCUCACAUCGGCCGUCCGGCUCCGUGACCUUCACGUGACAGCAAAGUGAGCGAAACCUCCAUUAGUGAGAUUAAUGUGCUGUACCUGCCUUAAUGAAGCCACACUGAGAGACACGUUCGCUGUGAGUGGACAUCUUCAUCUUGCGUUGUAGCGCAACUCGAUAAGAGCAGCAAACAGCCCCCGUGGUGUCGACUUAGCAGUCCUGUCGUAGCGUGAUUUUUAGCCUGUUUCUAUUGGCUCGGUUGUGAUACAGAUGUUAGAUGCAGUUGGCACGAAGAGGACAGAGUGAGCAGGCGAGGAUGGCGCGCGCCGUGGAAACUCAUGAACGUGCAAAAACAGAGAGGACUUAAGGUUUAUUACUUUUAACAAAAAGAACAAAUAGUAGAUGAGAACAGAAAGUAUAUUUUAUUAUUGUUUUUGAUUCUCCUGUUUUCUAUGUUUUUAUACAUGAGCAUUACUGUGUAUUCUUUUGAUAAACUACUCUUUGGAAAAAUGA